UUGAAUGUUUUAAGGCACUAAACUCUUUCAACACAGUUAAUUAAAAAGUCAUGACUAAAUGAAGGAUGUAACUCUGCACACUUCUGACCGCAGAGUAUUUCCACCACUUGGUGUUUAAACAGUACAGCCGUGCACACUGUCACUCCACCCAAUCAGCGCCGCGCUCCUGCGUACCUGCCGCGUAGGUAAGAAACGCCACGCCCCAAAACCCGCAGUGUAUUAAACAGCACGUGAAGAGGCAGCAGCAGAGCGCGUGGCAGUGCAUUGUUAUUGUUAUUAUUAUUAUUAUUAUUAUUAUUAUUAUUAUUAUUACACUCUGCGGUCAGGGAAGAACAAUCAGUGGAUUUGGGAGAUGAAGAUUUAUGGAGUAUUUCUUCAGUUUUAACUCUCUGGACAUUUUCUUGGUUAAUUCGGCGACAUGAACUCCAGUGGAUUAUCAGACCAAGAGAUCACAGCUCUCUCUUCCGUGUAUGUCUCCUGUCUCAGUUUAAGUUUAAUAGGGAGCUGCUCUGUUUUCAUCACCUCAAUUAUGAAGAGAGAAAAGCUCAAAGAACAGGCGAAGCCUCUGAUCCAGCUGGCUCUAGCGGACCUCCUGGCCUCUCUCUGCCUCAGCAUCACAGCUGUGAUGAACCUGCUGUGGUCUGGAGCGGUGAGGAACAGUGAGGUGGUGUGCAGCGCAGGAUUAGCUCUGUCUCUGACGUUUUAUUACGUCUCGUUCCUCCUCGUCAUCGUGUAUGCCUGUGAGUCAGCACACAGCCUUCAGGGAUGGAGGGAGGAAGAUGAGGGAGAUUUCACACAUCAGUGUCCGAUCUCUCAGGACAGCAGGAGGAGGAGGAGGAUCAAUCUGCUGUACGUCCUUGUGUGGCUGCUACCUGUGAUUGGAUUUGUGGUCUACAUCAAGACAGUUUCUUUUUCUUUGACGUCUCUUAUUCCAUCACAACACGCCUCUAAUUAUAAACAAAGUGUUCAUAACGCUCGCUUCUGCAACAGUUGUUUUCUGUUCCUCCAGCUGCACAUCGAUGAUAAUGAAACCUGUUCCAUCGUGGAUUUAGUACAUAUAAAGUGUAUCAGGAUUUUCACGUUUAUAAGUGUGCUGUCUGUCCUCAUCAGCUGUACUUUGAUGUACUGGAGGCUGCAGGUCAGGUUGAGGCGUUAUGAACAGGACGGUGUGAGGCGAGCAGGGAGGAUCUGGUCCUCAGCCAGGUACAUGAUCCUCGUUAUCAUCUUCUCCUGGACUCCAGCUCUUGUGCUGAUCUGUUUAUCGUUCGCUUUCUCUGAGACGGAGAGUUUGUUUCCUCUCUUCAUCAUACAGGCUGCGUCAGUCUCUCUCUACGGUUUCCUCAACAGUAUCGUUUACGCCUGGAGACGCCGUAACUUCCGAGAAGCCGUGCUCGGGGAGAGGAUGCCUCUGCUGGCUUACACACACCGAGCUUUCUUUGACCAAUCACUGAGAAACGAUGCAGAGGAACCAGGAAGUGGACAGAAUUAACGUCGGACAUUCAGAGACUAGUUACGUUCGGGAAGAACAGAUGAAGUCAGUAUGCAAGCUGCAGAGCACUUUUUAAUCCCACUGGAGAGAUUCGAUCAAAACGACGUCAUGGUGAUUUAUUACGUCUGCGUGAACCUUUGAGGCUCGAGGUGCCAAAACUUAUUUCGAGCGUGUGAUGGAUGUUGAACUUGCACAUGUCCGAGUUCAGACCUCGGACCUAAAUGAUCUCUUAGCAAGUGUAGAUAUCUUACAUAAAGGAAAAGUUAUCUAAUGUUGCUCAUGAUGAGAUUAUUAUAUAACAAAUAUAAAACCAUUAAACCUAUUUCUAGACAUAUUUACUCAUUUCAAAACUUCAAACACUGGAAAUAAGUCAUAAAAGUAUAAUUAUACAUCAUAAAUGAUCUGCAGAUAGAAUAAGAACAUUUUUAAGCUGAAAUUAAGUAAAAAUAUCUAGAAAUAGGAUUAAUAAUCUGAUAUUUGUUUAAUAACAGUCUAACAAAGAGAAGUAUUAGUUGAAUUUGUCCAUGUUCGAGGUGUUUUUCCUUGCGUGUAUUUAUCAUUAUUUGCACAAGUUGCACACAUGGGGCGGAGUUAAUCUAAAACGGAGGCGUGUCUCAGGUCCGCACGAUUCUGACCUUGGACUGAUGUUGAUUUUUCUUCAGUCCCUCCAGGACCGCGUGAUUUCACGUGAUUUCACGAUCGCAGAAAUUAACGCAAACAUCAAAGCAGGAGAUUUUAAUAAUCUGGACCUGGAGCUGAGAAACAGCUGCGUAACCCGACUCUGAAUACGAGGAACUUUCCCCAUGUAAAUACUGAUGUAACUCCUGAACUGAAGUCGACUCAGCUCUGAGGUGGAUCCUGUGCCCGAACAAAGUUUUUAAAGAUAAUAACAGACUGAGUUUGGUUGUGUACGUGUUCAAAUUUAAAUAUAAAGCACCUUUUUAAAAUUUGUUUUGUUUUUAAUCCUCUGCUGCGUAAGUUAUAUUAAUGUUUACGAUGUGUUUAGAAUAAACAACCUGAUAUUAAACUUUAACAUGCACGUUUGAUCAAAUAAAUGAAUAAAAAAAAUACAUUUACUGUAUUAUUAAACAGGUCGGAGCUCACUGUGUAUUGUAAUAAGAUUAGAACAAAUUAAUAUUUAACAUUUAUGGAGUAUAUUUUGUAACAUUAUCUUUUUUUUGUACCUUUCACAUAUCAGGAUAUUUUUAACAUUAUAUUUAUAACAUGAAUGAUCCAUGCCAUGACUGAUAUCAUUUGUUAUUUGUUCUUUUGGGUUUUUUCCUGUUAUAUAACAACGCCCCAGUAAAACCUUUCUGCUUGAACGAUAACGGUUUUAUUCUGUGUCUCAGAACCACAAGUAAAUGAUUCAGUGAAGUCAUGUGCAUAUAUAUUACGGUUACUUGAGAACUUUGUUUGCUCUGUGUGUCUGAUCUAUUUUAUAGUCUGAUCAUAGCCAGGUCAUGUGCUGUGCAAUACAGAAAGUGUUUAUUAGGGAACAAACAGCUCUGACUGGGAUGUAGGAAAGUCAUGGAGAAUUUCCUCUUCGGGGUCAUGUGUGUGUAGAAAAUGUAGAAAUGUACGGACUAGUUUUCCCAUCAGAGAACAUUAAAGACUGGAUGAAAUAUCCUGGAUAUAUUGAAAAGUGUUAAACUCCUGGAUUAUUCUUCAGUCACUACAGUCAGCGUGAUCAGAGUUUGACUUAAUUGUGAUGUUAGAUUUAGAGAAUUUACUAAAAUAUGUCUCUUAAUUUGUGUAGCAGGUGAACGUUAAAUUAAAGCAUGUAUUAAAGCAAGGUUACGGAAA